AUGUGGAGCCCAAACAACAAAGGAGACUCGCUCAGCAACAGCGACGACGGUCUCUUCCCCUUUCUCUUCCCUUUUCCUGAUCUACGUCCACUUCAAAUGUUCAACACCUUCUUCUCCUCCCGCUCGCGCGGGUCGUGGAUUCCAGCGGUCGACUUAUCGCAGCAGGACGAUGGCUAUACCCUCGUUGCUGACUUGCCGGAGGUGAAGAAGGAGGACUUGCGCGUGUACACGGAAAGUGCGAGCAUCAUCUGCAUCUCUGGCAAUCGCAAGAGCGUCUUAAAGCAGGACGAGCGCCAGCUACUUGUUGCAGAGCGCGGCUUCGGCCGCUUUGAGCGCUGCUUCGAGCUUCCCACUUCCGUGGACAACAGCAAAAUCAAGGCCACCUUCAACGAUCAUCAGCUGAGUGUGUCCAUUCCAAAAAUGCGCAACACAAAGUCUGGAGCGUCCAACUCAGUCACCAUUGACUAG